UCAGACGCGUCCCUUUUAUUUUUAUUUGUACUUAAAAAAUUAUUUUCGUCAGUUUCAGUUCGGAGAUUUAUCGCCGGGAGAAUUAUCGCCGGAGAACUUAAUCGUCGUCGUCUCUUUCUCUCUCUGUGAAAAUUCUGAUCGGUGGAGAUCGUCGGAUCGAAAGGUUUCUUGGGGAAUUCUUGAGGGCUUUUAGGUGCUGUUUCAAAAGAGUUAAAGGUCGAAUUUUUCAAGGUGAGUUCUGAAGAAAAUAUCCAUGGAAAUGAGGUACAUAGGUCAUUGAGCAAAACCCUUCUUCUUGUUGAUUUAUCGAAAAGAAAUCGAUUCCUCUUCAUCAGCCUAGCCUCUGUCUACCCUUUGCGUGGGUUUUUUUUUUUCUCUGUUGACCCCAGACAUUGUGCAAUCUUAGUUCUACCUAGUCAUUUCCUUUUCUUGAAUCAUCUGUUUAUCAUCUCUGAUUUGGCCAAGAGUGCUCUUUGUUUUGUCAUCUAUCUAAUCUAAGGUGGAGUAGCAGAGGGUCCUCAUUGUCAAUUUUUGAAGAAGGCGGCCUGAUUCUUCACUUUGUAGUCUGCUUAUCUCAGCUAUGGUCUCCAUAGUGAGUUUCCUUAGAGCAUAUCUCGUUGUUGUUGUCUGUAAUGAAGCUUUUUCUCCCUCAAGCUUGCGGAGGUUGUGAACCUGGUAGUAGAAUAUUAUGGGUAAGGGUAUCAGAAGAUUUGUAUUCCUUUGACUUUGGGGUUACCAUUUGGGUCAAGAGAAAACAUGCCAGCUUUAAAGAUGGGGUUCGAUAAACUAAGAGCACUCUUCAGGCUUUCAUUUCCUUAGAGUUCUCUGAGUCGUAUGUUCACUGAAGAAAUUUGGUGCAGAAUGACACUGGGAGGUUGGGGAUAUCUGGUUUAAACUGGAUAUAUUUGAAGGACUGAAGUGAGCACUCAAUGUGCCAAACUUUUAUUUCUAUAUGAAGGCUCCAUCAACCAAGAGGGCUGUGUUUAGUUGUUUAACAGGAUACUUGUAGAUCUUUUUGUUUUGGUGAUUCUUCCUUUUGGAGAAAAGCUGAUUGGAAUUUGGAGCCAUUUCAAAUUUGGAUUGUCUUGGUGCUGAUUGGAUUGGUGUGCUGCAAUCUAGAUGGAAGCAACAGUCAUCGAGUUGUUUGCUGGAUUUUCAGGUGACAGAUAAUGUUUUCGUGAUGAGGAAUAUAUUUUCUAAAUCUUUUCUAACUUGCAGGUUUCAUAAGCAUUCCAUCAGCUAGCAGUGUCUGCCAAUUUUUCACUGACUGGUAUACGUAGUGGGACACAUGUAUUUCAACUCCCCUCAGCAACCACAGAAGUCUGACCAAGAGAAGGGUGAGAUGUCAAGAAAUCUACACUCUCAGUCAAUCAAUGAAGAAUCCGAAUCGUCAAUUCUGGAAAGGAUAACUGCAGAGUCAAUAAUUAACGAAGUGCUUGGUAGAGGACUAAUGGAGCAUGGAUGUCCACAUUACAGAAGAAGGUGUUGCAUUAGAGCUCCUUGCUGUAAUGAGAUCUUUGGUUGCCAUCAUUGUCAUUAUGAGGCAAAGAACAGUAUAAAUGUAGAUCAGAAACAUAGGCAUGAUAUUCCUCGACACCAAGUUAGACAGGUUAUAUGCUUACUCUGUGGCACUGAACAAGAGGUUGGCCAAAUUUGUAUCAACUGCGGAGUGUGCAUGGGGAAGUACUUCUGUAAAGUCUGCAAGCUCUACGAUGAUGAUACUUCUAAACAACAGUAUCAUUGUGAUGGGUGUGGAAUUUGCAGAAUCGGUGGACAAGAAAAUUUCUUUCACUGUUACAAGUGUGGCUGUUGUUAUUCAAUCCUCCUCAAGAACAGUCACCCUUGUGUUGAAGGAGCAAUGCAUCAUGAUUGUCCUAUAUGCUUUGAGUUCUUGUUUGAAUCACGGAACGAUGUGACGGUUUUACCAUGUGGACACACAAUCCACCAGAUGUGCUUGGAGGAAAUGAGAGAACAUUACCAAUACGCGUGUCCACUUUGCUCGAAAUCUGUAUGCGACAUGUCAAAGGUGUGGGAGAAAUUUGACAUGGAGAUCGCAGCUACACCGAUGCCAGAACCAUACCAAAACAGAAUGGUUCAGAUUCUCUGCAACGACUGUGGGAAAAAAUCUGAGGUACAGUACCAUGUGGUGGCUCAGAAAUGCCCAGACUGCAAAUCAUACAACACUCGCCAAACCAGAGGCUGAAGCUGUUCUUUUGCAGACAUUGUGAUUUGAAGUUUGCUUGCAAACAGAUGCAACUAAUAGCUUCUUUCACUUGAAUCAAUAGUGACUUUGGCUCCUUUCACCUAAAGACUCAUCUCUUGAAACUAUCUCUCCCUCUCUUUAGCUUCAAUAUUCUCUAAAUCGUCUCCUGUUCACUAGUCUAUGUCUCCUUCGUGUGCUGUAACAGUCUGCUUAGUUUCCAUUAGAAUAUGUCUCCUUGAUCCCAACUUUGAGUUUAUAAUUGAAUAGUUUCGUUUAUCUGAUAAUCCCCAUAGAGGAACUUGUGGGAACUUUUGUAGUUACCAUGGCUUAUGCAUAUGAAACCUCAUCUCAGAUUCUCAGCUGUGAUUUUUCCUGUGUAUUAAAUAAAAUCUUUAAACCACUUGUCUA